UCGACCUGGAUAGCAUCUCACAGUCAUGUUCGCAGCGGCUGCACCAGUGGCAUCGAUCUUCGUCCGCCUAUACGAUAGUCAGACCAGGCUGCGUGGGCGCACGAACAAUGCCAGCAUGCGAGGCCCGACGUGCACCCGCAGUGUUACGAGACAGUGCGUCCUGCAAACGCAGCGCACCUGGCCAGGGACCAUCGGCUGACCAUUCGUUGGGAAACCUAAACCCAACACCACCCUCCAUCUGGGUCUGUCCCAGACCAGCCCCAACCGCUCCCAAAACGUACAAAUUCCCUGCAAAUGUCCCUAUUGGGUAUAUUACACGCGUUUCCGUGCAGGUACCCGCAGGGCAGCGAUUGGCAAGGCUCCCAAUGCCGGGCCGCCCACGGGAGUGCUCCACGCCUCGCGUCCCGUAUCAAGGUCCCAGACGGUCCCAGAGGGCCCCUGCGCCCGCCAAUAGUUCUAGCCAUCGAAAUAGCAUGCCUACCACCCGCUCCAGUCGUAGUAUCCCCCAGCCAAUAUCCGUCGCAUCGCACCCAAAACAGCCACUCGCAUUCCAAGACAUGCCCCACCGCGCAGGGCCAGGAGCCCUGGCGCGAUGUAGCAACCUUAUUUCAGGACUCAUAUAUAGUGGGGCAGAUGCCAGCCAGUGGAUGGACAUUUCCACCAUCGUUCCAGCCAAUCGUGCCCGCUGAAGCCGCCACCAUCCGCCAGUCUCUUACCCCCUCCAACAUCGCCUCGGCCUGGCCUCUCUGAAAGCCUUUCUCUCGCGUCCCUGCCCCACCCCUGGACGUCGCUUCGCCCACCGAUACUUCCGGCCCUGCACCUUACGCGAUUGUCGCGCCCACCCCCCUUAUUUGCGACGCGGUCUGCUGUCACGUCUCAUAAAAGUGUCGCACCUCCAACCCUUCCAUUAGUGAUUCUUUGUUAAUUCAACGCCAGCUGCUCAUACGCCCUCAGUCAGCCUUCAGUUAAGUGUUCCUUUGCUAGCUAACCACUUCUAC